AUGUAUCCUAUAUUAUGUGCAUAUACCAAUGGGUGGCCUGUUACAGAAGAAGGUGAUCCUGCCAAUGCUGAGCAUGACAUUGAGUUCUGGGAGCCUUUGAAGAAUUUAAUAAUUUUUUAUAGCUUUGAAGAUAGAUCUCAUCUUUCAUUGCUUCUUAAAACGUUUUAUGAUUUAAAGAGAGAAGAAUGUAGUAUGCUUGAGCCUUCUAUAAAGACAAGCCGUAAAGCCUAUUUUAAUAGCUGUGUUAUUGAUGCUGCAUUCAACCAAAGUUCUACAAAAGAGGCAUGUCAUGUUUAUGUGCAGCUACAAGUAGACAUGAACUGCAGAAGAUCUCUCUUACUGUCCAGGAUAUAA